AGGAAAAUGUGAAAUCAUGCAUUGAUUUGGUGAUUCUCCAUGCCCAUUGCUCAAUAUAAGUGCUUUUUUUUUUCCUUAACAACUGGCUCUGGUGAUGAUCCUUCCAGUUAGUGUUAAGAGGAGUGGAGAGAAGUUGCCUCUUUAAUGAUCAUUGAUUUCAGUGUGUUGCACCCAAGAAAAUAAAGUAACAUAAUUAACGAGACAAAGUUCACACUUGGGCACUGUUUGCACAUCUUGUCCCAUCUAUGACCUUCCCAACCCAACCACCAAAAAUCUCACUCCCACGAGUCCACAAGAACUCAAAAACAGAAGACAAGAACCAAUCAAGCCACUCCAAGAAAAUGUCCAAACCCACACUCUACCUUCUAGGACUCCUUUUCCUUCACACCCAUUUCACGAUUUGCAGUGGGGUUUCAAUUCCAGGCCUUAAUUCACUGGAAAACAGUGAGAUUGAUGCCAUGGUGAGGAGGGGUUGCACCAGGAAAAUUGGAGACUGCCUUGAAGAACCAGAGAUGGAGUCAGAGAUCAGCAGGAGAGUUCUUGUGAUGCAAAAGAAGUACAUAAGCUAUGAGACACUGAAGAGGGACAUGGUUCCAUGUUCAAAACCUGGUGCAUCUUACUAUGAUUGUCAUGCUGGAGAGGCUAAUCCUUAUAGCAGAGGUUGUGAGGUUAUUACAAGGUGUAGAGUGCAUUAACAAUUUGAGUACAAACUAGUUAAAAUUGACAUCAUCUUUGUGCUUUUACAUUUCUGGAUUUGGUGUCUUAAUUGGGGCUUUCUUGGUCGUAUUUGUAUAUUUAAGACUCUUAUUUUGAUUUCCCAUAUGCAUCAAUAUAAGCUUAAUUUUUGGAAA